AUGGCCACCAGCAACGCCUACCAGCGCGCUCUGGACCAGCUCGCCCCGCUGGAGCCCAUGCUCGCGGGCUUCGCGCGGCGCAACAAGAACCAGCACCGGCGCGCGCGGUGGUGGGCGUCGUUCGGCAUGCUGCGCCGCGACGUCAACAAGCUGCUCGUCGAGCUCGUCGGGGCGGCCGGGUCCAAAGCCGCUCGUGCCUUGAGUGCUACUACAUCUUCAGCACCUUCUCCGGCGACCUCCGUGUCUUCUGCGGCCCCCAAGGCCAAGAAGACGGCGGCGACGGCAGCAGCAGCAGCAGCAGCAGCAGCAGCAGCACCAAAAGCAAGGAAAUACGAGGACCAGCACCUCCUCGCCACCGCGGACAGGCGCGCCGCCUGGAUCCGCGACGUGCUCGUGCCCAAGUGCUACAUCCAGUUUGGCCAGCUCACGGCCGACAACCAGUUCGCCACGCUGGGCGUCGUGCUGCUGGGCGUGCUGGCGCAGGUCGACGGGGCAUGCUGCGCACUUGUCGGGCAGCGGCGGCUGUCUGUAGAUCAGCAGCAUCAGCAUCAGCAGGAGCGGGAGCAGCCGGAGAUCGCGGAGAAGAGAGGUACAACAACAGAGAUGGUGGCGGCGGCUACUGCUGCUGCUGCUGCUACCGAGGGCCGCAAGGUCUCCAGACCUGGCUCUGCGCCCGUUGACGGCGUGCCUCUCGCAGGUAGGGCGAUUACCCGCGAAGAAGCAGGAGGCGUGAUAUCUCGGGAAGCAGCAGCCGCUGCCGCUGCUACCGCCUCGAUUCAAGCCGGCAGCAGUGGUGGGCGCGCGAAGAUUCCGACUUUGGCCAAAGCGGCUCCGUCGCCGUCAAAAGGGGGCACAGGUACAACUGCGGGUCUAGAAGACGUUUCCGACCUGGAGAAACGUCGCGUCGAGGUGGCACAGAAGAUGCUGAAGCGCAAGCGGGAUUCUGCUGCCGUCGAUACACGUUCCCCUGCUUCGGCCGUGCAUCACGAAGAGGAUGAGAAGGAGCCACAAGACAGCAAGAGCGAUGGGGGCCCCGUGGAGCAAGUCCAAAUAGCUGGCGAGACGACAAAGAGAUCCAAGGUCUCGACGAGCACGGCCGAGUCACCACAGCCUGCAUCAAAGGCUCUCAUUCGUUCGCAAGGGGACGUAACGACGGGCACAAGCACAGGGUCACUCCCGGACAGGAAAAUGACGAAGGAGAAGAAGAUCAGGCCGGCGGAAAUGGAUGGAGAACAACCAAGGAAGAAAAAUUCGAAGAAGAGCUCCGGAAAGGACGACGACGACGAGGGAGAAGAUGCGGGCAGAAAAGAGAAGAAGAAAAAGAAGAAGAAAGGCGGAGGUGGUCGCGACGAGUUUGAUAGUCUCUUCAGCUCUUUAUUCUGA